AUAUUCCUAUCUGAAAUUAAAAAAAAAAAAAAGAAAUUGUCUUCCUCAUAGUUAGGACGUCUAUAACCUGUCGACAUUGAAAAUAACAAAUAAUAUAAAUUGAUAGACGAAAAGAGUAGCGGGCAGUGACAAAGCAAUAGCGUGGAGUGGGUCUUGCGUUGUGUUGGAAUCCCAAAUUCAUUUCUGUUUCUCAUUCUCAAUUCUUCUUCUAUUCUCAUUCUGAUUUGCCACACACGCAGAAAGGUUGAAAAUAGUGGGACUUGAUUCACUGGAGGUGGAGAAAGAUGGCUAACAACGCAGCUGCUUGUGCUGAGAGAGCAACUAGUGAUAUGCUCAUUGGUCCAGACUGGGCAAUCAACAUAGACUUGUGUGAUAUCAUUAAUAUGGACCCUGGGCAAGCCAAGGAUGCUUUGAAGAUACUCAAGAAGCGUUUGGGCAGUAAAAAUCCAAAAAUACAGCUUCUGGCUCUUUUUGUACUGGAGACCCUUAGUAAAAAUUGUGGUGAAAGUGUAUUUCAGCAGAUCGUUGAGCGAGAUAUCUUACAUGAAAUGGUUAAGAUAGUAAAGAAGAAGCCGGAUUUAAAUGUGAGGGAAAAAAUACUGAUUUUAAUUGAUACAUGGCAAGAAGCUUUUGGGGGCUAUGGAGUUUAUCCUCAAUACUAUGCAGCAUAUAAUGAAUUGAAGUCUGCUGGAGUUGAAUUUCCACCACGGGAUGAGAAUAGUGUACCAUUCUUCACUCCCGCUCAAACUCAGCCAAUUAUUCAUUCUGCUGCAGAAUAUGAUGAUGCUACUAUUCAGGCUUCUCUUCAGUCAGAUGCAUCUGACCUUAGUUUGCUAGAGAUUCAAAAUGCUCAAGGACUAGCUGAUGUAUUGAUGGAAAUGCUUAGCGCCUUGAAUCCUAAAGACCGUGAGGGUGUGAAGGAGGAAGUGAUUGUUGAUCUUGUUGACCAAUGCCGUUCGUACCAAAAGCGUGUCAUGCUUCUUGUGAACAAUACUACGGAUGAGCAGCUUUUGGGUCAGGGAUUGGCACUGAAUGACAGCCUUCAGCGAGUACUCAGUCGACAUGAUGACAUUGUGAAAGGAACUGCUGAUUCUGGUGCUAGAGAAGCAGAAACUUCAGUUCUGCCACUUGUAAAUGUAAACCAUGAAGAUGAUGAAUCAGAGGACGAUUUUGCUCAACUAGCCCAUAGGUCAUCACGUGAUACUCAGGCACCGAAUCGGAAACCAGCCUAUGACAAGGCAGAACCUGGGAGGAUAAACCCACUCAUUCCCCCACCACCAGCAUCAAAGAAGCCAGUCUACUCUGGCACUGGCAUGGUUGACUAUCUCAGUGGUGAUACAUACAAGACAGAAGGAUCUCCUGAAAACUCAGAACCCACUUCAUUUGCAGCUCCCCUUCAUUCUUGCCCUAAUCCAACCUCAUCAACUAUUCCAUCUCUGUCUUCCUCUCGUCCUCAUGCCAUGAGUACCUCAUCUCCAAUUUUGAGCAGCCAGCCUGUGUAUGAUGAACAACCAUCUUCUGUGGACAAAUCUUCAGAGGGUCUGCCUGCAGCUCCCUGGGACGCUCAAUCUCCUGGCAUCAUUCCGCCCCCACCUUCAAAGUAUAAUCAGAGACAACAGUUUUUUGAACAACAAGGUGCAUCUCAUUCAAGUAGUGGAUCCAAUUCCUCGUCUGACAGCUUGGUGGGACAAACUCAAAAUCUCUCCCUGAAUUCAUCCUCCCCAACCAAACAACAGAAGCCAGAAGAUGCCCUUUUCAAGGAUCUUGUUGAUUUUGCAAAAUCCAAAACCUCAUCAUCUUCCAAACCCAAUAGGUCAUAUUGAUAUGUUGUGUUUGUUUUAUGGCUUUUGCUGGUACAGUUUAUGAAUGUUGUUUAUCACAUUUUGCUUCAGAUCACUGAGACGACCGUUUUAUGGUUGUUUAGGACCCUUCGGAUAUGAAUUGACCAUGCGUGUACUUACAUAUAUUGCGUUUAUUCAUGUAUAUUGUUCAUAUUGAAUUUGUUGCCUUAUGUUUUCAAUAAUAUCAGAUUCUUUUAA